GAUCUUGGUUCUGACCUGGUCGAAAAUAAUAAGAACUCUUCUCCCGGAACGUGUCGAUUUCCGGGCGAUCAGAUCGAUGGAGAUGCUAUUCUUUUGAAUUCUUCACCGCAGGGGCUUUGCUCGAGCGGUUCUAGGGUUCUGGAUUUCGAUUUAUCUGAAUUGCACCCAAAUAGUUGCGAUCUUUCCGGCAAUUUGAACGCAUUAUCGCCGGAAUCCAAUGGUUCUAAUAAGGAUUCUCAGGAGUCUGCGAACGGAAAUCAAGUGCAUAUGGAUCCUAGGGUUCCUAAUUGUCCUUCUCCAGAGUCUAGGGGUUCAGGAGUUGAUUCAAUUAAACCAGGGGAAACAAAUAACAUUCACAGUUAUUCUAACUCUGUAUUGAAGAGGAAAAAGGAUGACGGAGAAUCUAAUAGUGUAAAGUUGAGAAUGAGAAAAUGUAGAAAACCCAUUGACAUUAGGAACACAGAGACCAACACUACUAAUACCACGAAUGUCAUCAGUGAAGAGGAAGAGAAGAAGAAAACAAGAUUACUUAGAAAUAGGGAAAGUGCUCAGCUUUCCAGGCAAAGGAAGAAGAACUAUGUUGAGGAGUUAGAGGGUAAGGUUAGGACAAUGCAUUCAACAAUUAAAGAGUUGAGUGCCAAGAUAUCAUAUGUAAUGGCUGAAAAUGCCAGUUUGAGGCAGCAGAUAGGCGGGUCUGGUGUUGGUACCACGAACCCACCACCACCCCCAGGAAUGUAUUCUGCCCCACCUAUGUAUCCAUGGAUGCCAUGCGCCCCACCUUACUUUGUAAAACCACAUGGCUCCAACGUUCCCUUAGUUCCAAUCCCAAAGUUGAAACCUCAGCAACCAAUUUCUUCAACUAAGAAGAAAGAGAGAAAGAUUAAGACGGCUGCAAGUGUCAGUUUUAUCGGCUUGCUCUUCUUUAUGCUUAUGUUUGGUGGAUUAGUUCCCAUGAUAACGGUUAGGCAUGGAGGGAUGAGAGAGGCAUUUAUGGGUGGAAAUUAUGCGAGGAGUGGACUCUAUGAUAACCACCAUGUCAGGGUGUUAGCUGCAAAUGGAACUAGAAACCAUUUGGAUUUUGCUAAUGCAAAACAUUUUGGUGAUGGCUUUAAUAAUGUAGGAGAGACACAUAUUGACCUUAGUAAGACUGUUUAUUCGGCCAAUAGUAGUGAAUCCCUUGAAGCCUCUCUUUAUGUCCCGAGGAAUGAUAAGCUGGUGAAAAUUGAUGGUAGUUUGAUCAUUCAUUCCAUUCUGGCAAGUGAAAAGGCCCUAAAGAGCAGCCAAGAGACUGGUUUGGCAAUUCCUGGUGAUUUUGCCCCUGCAAGGAGGAAUCCUUACAUGUAUACAGGUCCUGUUGAAGGUGAGGGGGCCCUGGUUCCAGGUGCUGUUGAUAGGGACUACAAGUGGUUUACAUCAGCAGAUGGUAGGCUUCAGCAAUGGUUCCAAGAAGGCCUUUCUGGAUCAACUUUCAGCUCCGGUAUGUGCACUGAGGUAUUUCAGUUUCAUGCCUCAUCAGCCAUAGUUCCAGUAACAUCCUCUACAAGGAAUGUAUCUAUUGAACCGGCUCAAAGCACCUCAUACAAAGGCCAACAAAAUAGAAGGGUCCUUCGUAGCCCCCUACCCAUUUCUGCUUCUUCCCAAAACAUGACUGAAGAAAAUGUAGGAAUAAGUGGACCUAAAGAAAACAUAAGCUCAAACAGGACAGUUCUUCCGAUGGUUGUUUCGGUGCUUGUUGAUCCAAGAGAUGCCGCUGAUGGCGGUGAAAACAUGAUGGGUAAAAAGACUCUUUCACGGAUUUUUGUUGUUGUGCUGAUAGACAGUGUCAAGUAUGUUACUUAUUCAUGCAUUCUUCCGGUCAAGGGUUCUGUCCGCCUCUAGUUUCUCGCAUGUCUCUUUCAACAAAGAAACUAAUCUCUAGAAAACGGGACAAACAUAUCUACAUGAUUACUGAUGUGUGGGAUUGUGGGAAUAACUGUUUUUUGGAAAUCAAAAUAUGUACAAGUUGUAGCUGUCUUUGUUUAUGUGUAACUUAAUACUUACUGUAGUGGCUCCAAAUUGUUUAUUCUUUAAAAAUUUUGAGUUGUAUUGCAUGUAGAAAAAUGUUUGGUGUACACUUUGGUGUACACAUUUCGUACACU